AUGCGAAAAGCGAGUGCCGCCUGCUUUCUCGGCCUGUUGGGAUUUGCCGGACUCAGAUUCAUGUGGAUGUCGGCGAAGGAUAGUCUGCCGGAGUCGGGCGGGCCUGGGCUGCCGGACGAGUCGGCAGAGUGGUGUCCCCUGCCGCCGGUGGUGGCGGCCAGCAGCGGGGACGGCCUGCUGCCAAGCGAGCACCUGAUGGAAUCGUCCCAGCUGGUUCUGCAGGUGAAGCGGUUGGCGGCGGCAGUGCGGGUGCCGACGCAGAGCUUUGACGAUAACGGCGAUGUCGACGAGGACCCGCGCUGGGCCACGUUUGCCGAGUUCCACCGCGUGCUGGCCGAUCUGUUUCCGCGGGUGCACGCACGAUUACAGCUGCGCAAGGUCAACCGCUACGGACUGCUGUACACGAUGCCGGGCAGCAACACGACUUUGAAGCCGAUCGUGUUCAUGGCGCACCAGGACGUGGUGCCGGCCGAUGUGGACGCGCCCUGGACAUAUCCGCCGUUUGCCGGCCACUAUGACGGCACGUUUCUGUGGGGACGCGGCGCAGCCGACUGCAAAAACGUCCUAGUCGGACUGCUGUCGGUGCUGGAGGACCUCCUGGCACAGUCGGCGUUUGCGCCGCGGCGCACCAUCGUGCUCUCGUUUGGAUUCGACGAGGAGACGGGCGGCCAGCGCGGGGCAACGGAGCUGAGCAGGGCGCUCGAGGCGACCUGGGGGGCUGACAGCAUGCUCCUCCUACUAGACGAGGGAGGGAUGGGAGUGCAGAAGGAGAGCAGCAUCGAGCGAAGCGAGAACGAAGAGAGCGAGCGAAGCGAGGGAAAGAAAGAGAGAGAGGAAAAGCGCCAAAUACUGUUUGCGUAUCCUGGCGUCGGCGAGAAGGGAUACCUGGAUCUGCAACUGACGCUGACGGUUGACGGGGGCCACAGCUCGCGGCCGCCGGCGCACUCGGGCAUUGGCAUGAUGGCGGACAUGAUCCACGCGCUAGAGCAGCCGGCGAGCGAGCAGGAGGACCGACCAUUUACGCCGCGGCUGCCGGUGACGUCGCCAUUUCGGCGCGUGCUCGAGUGUCGGGCUCGCCAUGCACCGGCAGCCGUGCCCGGAUGGCUGCGGCCGGCACUGCUGCACGACAGCGAAAAAGACAUUGCGGCACGGCUAGUGGCGGCAGCACAGCAGCAGACAGGCGAGGCGGCCGAUGAGCGCUGGCUGAUGCAGACGAGCCAGGCCGUCGACGUGAUCGCUGGCGGGAUCAAGGUCAACGCGCUGCCGGAACGGGUCACGGCAGCGAUCAACUACCGGAUCGCGCUGCACGAAGGACCGGCAGACGUGGUGCGGCGAGCCGAAGAGGUGUUGGGGGCGGUGGCAGCACGGCAUCGGUUGCGGGUAGUCAAUGAGGUCGAUCUGACGAGUGAAGGCGAGGAGAGUACGAGAGGAAGCGAGAACAGCAACAACGACGACAAAAGCGACAGCGAGAACAACAACGACUACAAAACGAGCGACAGCGAGAACAGCAACAACGACAAAACGAGCGACAUCGAGAACCAGAAAUACGCAGGCCUUCUCUCCAUCUCCACGUCCCAGAAUCUCCCGGUUGCUCCCCUCUCGCCGACAGGACUGUCAGACGGCGUCUGGGCGCGGUUUGCUGGCACGCUGCGGGCCGUCUUCGAGACGACCGAGACUGGACACAACCACACAGUCGUGCCGGUCGGCAACAUCAUGACGGGCAACACGGACACGACACACUACUGGGCGCUCACGCGCAACAUUUACCGCUUCACGCCGUCGCGCGAGGGCACGCGCUUGGCCGCUCACGCCAUCGACGAACGCAUGGACAUGACAGCGCAUCUGGAGGGAAUGCGGGUGUACUACAAUCUCAUCCGAAACUUUGACAGCUGGGACGAGGAGUAG